GCCAAUCUGCUGUUGCGCGGACUGGAUCAUAAGUCAGCCGCUCCCAUUCCUCACAUCCUUCCGCGCUCCUCAUUGUGCUCUGCUGACUCAGUGCCUUAAGCAUCAUCCGCUCUCAACGCCACUGGCACAAACCACGACCAUUGUGGAAAAUAAUACCGAUUCAAGAAAGGACACCAUGGCCAAAACAGCUAUCGCAUACAAGGAGAAGAUGAAGGAGCUGUCCAUGCUCUCACUUAUUUGCUCCUGCUUCAGCCCACAGACACGCAACAACCUUGUCUGUGAGUUUGAAGAUAUGGAAGUAAAGCCCAUAAACAAAAGGGCUUCAGGCCAGGCCUUCGAGGUGAUCCUGAAACCGCCCUCACCGGUGUCAGAUGUGGCCCACAGCAUCACCUCCCCUCCAAAGAAGAGGGAUGUGUCACUGGAAGACAUCCAGAAGAAAUUGGAGGCUGCCGAGGACCGCAGAAGGUCCCAGGAAGCUCAGGUGCUCAAAGCUCUGGCUGAGAAACGUGAGCAUGAGAGGGAUGUGCUGCUCAAAGCCAUGGAGGAAAACAGCAACUUCAGCAAGAUGGCAGAGGAAAAGCUCAUCCUGAAGAUGGAGCAGAUCAAGGAAAAUCGGGAGGCUUACCUGGCAGCCAUGAUGGACCGCUUGCAUGAGAAGGAGCGACAUGCUGCAAUUGUCCGCAGGAACAAGGAGCUGAGGGAAGAGCUAAUAGCGUGAAGUUCUCCUCCUCCUCAUACCCUUCAUCAGCCAACCUGUCAUCCUAUCCUGCUCACGCACACUCACACACAACCACUGGUAAAAUCCAGUCAAAACAACUAGCAUCACACUCGUAUACUGUUUGAACGGUCUUGCUUGAUUUCAUAGAUUAAUGGGAAGACACAAGUAUUAUUUUGUAAAUACAUCUUUUUUUAUCUAUCUAUCUAUCUAUCUAUCUAUCUAUCUAUCUAUCUAUCUAUCUAUCUAUCUAUCUAUCUGUCUAUCUAUCUAUCUAUCUAUCUGUCUAUCUGUCUAUCUAUCUAUCAGAUUGAAUGAUAACAAAUCAAAUGUAUCAAGUCUACAUGGUACAUUAUUAAUUCUUUUAUUAUUAUUGUUUGUCAGUUUCUCAGUUUUUUUGUUUUUUUCAGGCACGUCUGGUUUGAUCAUGUGAAAGGUUUUUGGUGUUGUGAGAAAGCUGCUCGCUUACGUUUGCAGUGUUAAAUGAUGUAAAGUUUGGUGUAAUUGUGAAGAAUGCAAAAAGCUUCAGUGCUCAGGCCCCAGGUCAACAUAGAUUUUAAAAAGGAAACAUACCCCAAGACUCAUAAAUAUAUAGUGCACUUAAGUUUAUAUACAGCAUGAUCAAGACAUAGCCACUUUUUGCUGAACAAAUAGCUUGAAGUAUGAGUACUGAAACAAAUAAAAACAUGUUAAUAGUGUCUCCUUUGAAAUUCUGUAUUUUUGUUCCUUUGCUUAACCUCUGUAAAAUGAAAUAUCCCUCUCUUGAAAUGUUAUGAACAUCUGCAUGUCGACAUGCUUCUUUUGUUGGCUGACGAUUGGGAACACUGCACCCUUUCUGGACCCUUUGGACUAGACAGCUUGACAUCGUCUGCGUUGUAUUAAAAGAAAAGGAAAAAAUAACCAGCCAGUUCCUAUCCUGUUGCCCUAUCCCGUACCCACACAUUGAUUCAGGCCUUCGGCUCUCAAAGCUGAUGUUCGUCAUCUGUCUCUAGCAGGACAUCUUCAUUAGUACAGUGGUGUAAUUAAAGGAGUUGUAUCUCCCCGAAUGUUCUGACAUGUGUCUGGCUUGAUAAAAUAGGUAACAUCCUUACCAGCUGAAUGUAUCCUCAUAUACUCCCAACUACAGCCUUUGACGUGUGACUAUUUUCUAUUUGGUUUAUUUUGGUGAGAUUAGAGGGAGUGUGUGUAAGUGUGUGUGUACAUGUUAGGUUGACAGAGCAUUUGUGUCCUUUCUCUCCAGAGGUGAAGUGAUGGGCAGAUGCAGAAUAUGCACUGAAUAAUGAUGAUUUUAUUUCAAUUUUUUUUUUUCAGAUCACUGUCUCUUCUAUAAAUAUGCUUGAAGUGUCUUCGGCUGCCAAAAUUGUCUUUUCCCCUCUCAUUUCUGUGUGUGCAAACUUUGGUGAAAAUAAAGGUUUGGGGUUCUGUGAA